CUUGUAAACCAAUUCUCUAUUGGAGACACUCUCGUUCUCGUACGAACGAUUAUUACCAUUGUCGAUCAACCAUGAUGGGCAGCACGGGGAGCGGAAACGGAGGCGAUGUCGAGGCCGGAUUCGCCAAGCUUCAGGGCGAAGACUUCGAAUACUUCAUGCAGACGUACUCCAUAAUCCUGGGUCGGACCAGCAAGAAAUCGACGGUGGACGUCGAUCUCGCAAGCCUCGGUGGUGGAAUGAACAUUUCCCGUCACCACGCGCGCAUCUUCUACGACUUCCAGCGUCGUCGCUUCGCUCUCGAGGUCCUCGGGAAGAAUGGUUGCUUCGUCGAGGGCGUUCUUCAUUUACCCGGAAACCCACCUGUGAAGCUCGAUUCACAGGACCUUCUUCAGAUCGGAGACAAGAAAUUUUACUUCUUACUUCCUGUUCGAAGCAUUCUUGGAGGCUCUGUUCCUCCUCACCAUAUCUCUACCCACCAUCCUCCGCCGCCAGUUCCGGCAGGGCAUUUGGGUGGUCCUCCCCGUCUCACCAAACCACCUCCCACGCCGAUGUUUGGUCAGAAGAAGGGUAGGAUUAGGGCACCGAGUGAGUACAUGGAUGAUGAUGAUGAUGAUGAUGAUGAAGACGAUGACGAUGAUGGCGGCAUCAUUCCCGCUGGGAGCAGGAAGUUGCGGAGGACCGGGGAAGGUCAUGAAAUGUACGGGUAUGGUGGAGCAGCUGCUGGAAAGGCAGGACCUUCUUCUGGACCAUUGGCAGAGAAAAAGGGAGAGGCAAGGUCAAGGGCUGACAGAGAUGCAGAUAAUCAUCAACUUUUGCAGUUAGAAGAAAAAGAUGUUGUUUCAUCUGUUGCUACUGUGCUUUCUGAUCUUUGUGGUCCGGGAGAGUGGAUGCCCAUGGCAAAACUUCAUGCUGAGCUGGUAGAGCAGUAUGGCAAUAUCUGGCAUCACACUCGUGUGAGGAGAUAUCUCACUUCUGAGGACUGGCCUGCCAAUGAAUCCAAGGGGAGACCAUGGUAUGGCCUGCUUACAUUGCUAAGAAAAUACCCAGAACACUUCGUCAUCAACACAAGGUCCAAAGGACGGGUAACAUCAGAGUUUGUUUCGUUAGUAUCCCUGCUUUCAUAAAAUCACAAACAUCACAUUGUCCUUCUAUAGCAUAGAGAGAUCAACUCUGUUGAUUUUUUUUUUGGGUAGGCAGUUAAGGACUCGUGAACCCUGAAACUAUUGUUGUAAAAAUGGGGUUCCAUACUGCUUAAGGGGUAAUACCCCCAGUUUCAGAAUAUGUAAAUGCCAAAAGGUUUAUUUUCUGGAUAUAGUUGGAGAUUUUGAUGAUUUCAGUUUCA